AUGGCCUCGAGCUCAGCCUCCACCUCGACCGCCGAGCCCAAGGUUGCCCAUCCUCCCCUGAGCGCCACGUCGUACCUGUCCUCCCUACCCGAACUGUCCACCGCGCGAGGCCAGUUCCUGUACUCGUCCUUCUCAUCUCGCAAGCAAUCGAAUCCGACCGGGUACGCCGGCGCUCUAUCAUGGUGGCGCACCCAACUCGUUCGCAUGACCUCGCAAGCGCUGCUGGGUGACCAUCGACUCGUCAUCAAGAUCGAUGAUGAUCUGAGGCAUCUCUUGCGCACGCACAAGUUGGGCAGACCGGCCAGUCUGGCUACCGUCAUCGUCAGUCACAGGUCACAGCCCGUCAUCGUCGCAGAUCGCUCCACUUGCACGUGACCGCGCCAAACGAUCUCACUGACGCUCGGGCUUUCAUCCUCACUGCGCAUCUCUCCACCCAGGCCGAAAUGGUCAACGACCAAUCGUGCAUACCACUCUCAACCUACCUCGCGUCCCCAUCGACGGACGCCACCUCGUCCUCGGGCACGUCCCUCUUGGGCCUCGUGACUCGACCCUUGGGAUGGGCAGCAUCACGAUUGCUCGGACGAGCGUCCUCCUCCUCUUCUUCGACCACCUAUGAUGACACCGUGGAAUGGCUCAAGAGACAGGGCGAAUACGUCGUCGUACCCCUGAUCGAGGUCAGUCAGCUUCUCUUCAGUAGAGUCCGAGCUCGGGCCGCUGUUGACCAGCUCCCAAGUUCUUCCCGACCCCUCCCUCUCUCAUCCAGAAAGCAACGACGACCCUCCUCCCCCGCUUGGAAGCCCAUCUUAUCGACCCUCUUUCACGCCUCAUGACCCUCCACACCUUCCGAGCCCGAUUCGGAUCCCAACUCUUGGACCCCGACGCCGAGUUGUCGACCCUCGAUGUUCAAGUCUUGGUCAAGCACUUGUGUGAUCAAGGCUAUUGCGUGCAGAAAGGAGAGGUUCGUCUCUUCUCUCGGGACCCAACUCAUCUUUGAACUGGGUGUGCUGACCUCGCGUGAUCCCUCCAGGCCAUCAAAUUCCGCCCCUUCCACCAAUCCGCCACCUCCACCACUCCACCCUUAACGAUCACCUCCUCGGACCUCUCGAUCCUAUCCCUCCUCUCAACCCUCACCCAACUCGAAGCCUACAUCACCUCCCUCCAAACCCGAAUCAAGACCUACCAAUCCCUCGCCACGACCGCUCUAUCUACGCAACAACCCACGACCCUGAUCAAAUCCCACCUCGCGCAAAAACGAUACGUUCAAAAAAUCCUCGAACAGAAAUUGGGCGCGAGGGACAAAUUGUCCCAAGUAUUAUUGGGCAUCGAAACGGCCACUUCGGAUAACGAGAUGAUUAAAGCUAUGGAACUCGGGGCUGAUGUACUUAGGGAAGUCGUAGGUGAUCCAGAGAUCAGGUUGAAGAGGGUCGAAGAAGUGAAUGAAAGGCUUGCGCAGGGGUUGGAGGAUGCGAGGGAGAUUAAUGGGGAGAUUUUGGGAGGCGCUGGAGUGGGCUUGGGUGAGGAAGGGGAGAGGGAGAUCGAGGAGGAGUUGAGGAGGUUGAGGUUGGACGAUCAGAGGGAGGGCGAAAAGGCAGUGGAGGAGAAACUGGAGGGGAGUGGGAAGGUGCCUGCUGGUGAGAUUGGGGAUUUCAAGGAAGAGGACGAGGUCAGGGUGGAGGAGAAGCAGGAGAGCACGAGGGAGAAGGCCCUGGCGUGA